AUGAAUCCAUCUGGACCGUCCUCGACAGAUAUUCAGGCUCAUCUCUACAACUCGUUCCUGGAGGGGAAAGCUGCCGACGUCGUAUUGAAUGUUGAUGGUUUUGUAGAGUCCACAAAUAAGCGGAAUACAUCUAAUCGGCACCAAGAUCAGAUCGACAUCGUUUUCAACGAUACAAACAUCACUCGCGCAGCAUUCGAGUACGCCCAUGUUCAUAGGCUAUGUAUUGCUCGACUUUAUGGAGGGGGACCGCAGCUAUUCAUCGAUGCCAUUAUUCCCACUCCUGCUCAACCUCUGACUGCGUCGUUCUUGAACCAACUGCCUACCGCUGAAGUCCCUGCAGGCCAACAACCGGCUACCCCUCGCUUCCUUAUGUCACUUCUUGCUGCUUCCAUAUACCUAUCCAUCCCUUCAGUUGCCUCACAAGCUCUGACCUCUAUCCUGUCCUCCGUCGGACCACUCACAGUUGUACCCUACCUCAAAUUUGCCAUCGGUCAAGGCAUCGGUCCCCCACAAGAAGAUGACCUCGAGGCUGCUGUGGGCCUCGAGCAAAAAGAAGACCCAGCGGAUGCACUCUCGGAUUCCGAGGAUUCCGGCCAUUCUUCCCAGACACAUCUAAGUGAACCCGAUGUCAACACCCUCUGUUUCUAUUAUGGUGCUGUAUCGGACAAGAUUGGCGAGGCAGCCGCAUGUUGGCUAGCUCGUUGGGGUGCUGAUAUGUUAGGAUACGAACAGCAAUCGACGAACAGACGCAAGUCAGACUCACAGUCGGUCGCACCAGCAUCUGGACAGUCUUCUGGACGUCGCUCUACUAUGCCAUCCAGCUGGAAUUAUGUCGGGCUUGAUUUGAAUAAGCCAUCUCCGCCUGUCGUACCGGUUUUGUGGCGGAAAGAUGGUUUAGAUGCAAAAUGGGUACGUGCGCUCGUGUCGUCGGAUUCUUUUUUUGUCCGAGGAGAGAGAGAACGAUACGAUCUGGCAAAAGCGAUCGUAGAGAUGAGGCGGAAUGAAGGCACCGACGAGAAGGAAGAGGCUGAAUUCACGAAGAUGUUUUCCGAAGGGAUAUAUUAUGCGAAUAUGCUGCUGGACGAUCUCGUAUACAUAUCUCGAGAUAUAUCGCCGACAAAUGGACGAGCAUAUGUUCCAAUACAUGUCAUCCAGGUAGCGCAUUGGAGUCAAUCUCUUCUGCAGCACACAAUCACGGCACGCCCAACUGCGUCGCCGACUUCAUCCCCUGGACUGCUCAAUCAUCGAGACGAGCUUGGUAUUUCGGUCUCACAAUCAGAUAUAGUGACCAGAUUAUCCUCUCCAUUACAAGACACAGAAAGAAAUCAGCCAUAUUGGCCAAUUCCUAACGAUUCAUCUUUGCGUAUCGGUGACAACACUGGCAUUGAAGGAGCAUCGAUGGAUGAACUUUUCAGUCGGUCCUUAGGCAGCAAACGUGCCGCAAUUGUGGACACGUCCGAGUCCACGUUCUUUGGCCUGAAGAACGAUCGUUGCGUCGCUGCGGAUUUGGUUCAGAGAAAUCUAAACGAUCCUUCGCAUCGUUUUUUGCCCCACCCGCCUUUUCGCUUUGCGGUCGAAUUCUGGGACGUCGAAGCGUUACGGGAGAAAUCACGAUUACAUUCCCAGACAAUCUGGUAUGCAGGUAACUUAUUCAACGUGUACGUUCAGUUGGUGCGCAAGAAGGGCAUUCAACUUGGUGUGUACCUUCAUCGCCAGUCAAACAUCGAUCCCAUCCCCCCUCCAUCCGCACCUUUUGGUGUCCACCUUCCUGAGCAAAGCACUAAGACACACACACGCAGCCCAUCCUCACCUCCUGCCAUUCACCCUUCUGUCUCGACACCCACGAUCCAUCACUCACCUCCUGGCCAUCCUAUGCUUUCACCAAUCCGGUCAAUGACACCUACUGCUUCUUCUCCAGCGUCGUCACCUCCACCUAAGCUUCCCGCUACUGCAUCACCCGUUGCACCAGUUCAGCCGUAUCGUGACCCACGUUCUGCUGUAUCUGCAUACUUUACAAUUUCGUGUGCGAGCGCAACAGGUUCUUCCCUGACACGGUUUACCAGUGCACCAGACGUGUUCAAAGUCAGUCAAAGCUGGGGGUGGAAAAGCAGUUCACUGCGAACUGAGGAAUACCUUGAAGUUGUUGGGAACAGCGUAGAAACCAUACCAAUACCCAGCGAAAAAGAAGUGAGUUUGCGGGUGACCAUCAUUCUUGGUAUCGUGUAACCUAUUUGCGUUCUGUUAUAUAUGUACACUUCAUAUCAGGCUCAUAUCAUACAUUCUCUUGCGCAGUCCGUUUAUUUGUAUACCAUAAUCGCCUUGAGUGCUUGAGUAAUGAUUGUUUGUGCAAUCGCAUAUUAUGGAUUCUUACU